GAAACUGCCAGAUGGCGAGGUGCCAGAGAAGAUUCAAAAGAUUGCGGGUUGGAAGCGUGCUAUGAAAGAGUUUAUGAAUGGCGACGCGAAGAUGAAUGAUCUUGUCAAUUUGUUCACACAGAAGUUCGUUCAAAUGGGGCAAAGCCGCAAUUUCACCCUCAGCACCCUCCUGGAUUUGUCUUGGACAGUCUUGCUCCUUACCUGGGAG